CCGCGUUUUAGGUAUUAUGCAGGUUAUUUCGAAAGUAAACAAUGAGAGUGGUUUCCCUUAUGUUGAGGCGGUAAAUGUUGUUGAGCUUCAAACAUGGAAUCCUUGUUAAAACAGUUUAGUCAAGGUGUGUUGAGCGAUCUUGAAAAUUUGGAUGUUGCUGCGAAAGAUCGGAAGAGGGCAAGACAGCAGUAUUUGUCAGAGAAGAAAUCUUUACAUCAACUGGAGAAAAAAGUGAAAACAUUAGAACGACGGAAGCAUGAACUGCAACGAAAACUGAAGAUAGCUGAACAUAAUCUAACCUGUGAGGGUGAGGAGACACGUGACGAGACGGUCAAGUCCGAUGAAGUUACAGACAGUGUCGCCAGGCUCACGAAACUCACAGAAAUUGCUGAUUUGUAUCGUCUAACAGGUAUAUCCGUGGAUUCGGUGGGCGAGAAUGAGCCAGUUGUCUUGCGGUUCGACACCAGCUGUGAAGGACAGUUCGUGAAGGCGUAUUUCGUCGAGGUUGACAAGAACUGGAAUCAGAGGGUUCUCCACCACACCCUGCCUGGCUUCAUCCCCGUCGUCGAUCUCGCCACCCGAUCUGACCUGCAGACCUUCGUCUCAAAAAUCAGAGAGUAUCUCUUUGCAUUUACGUCAAGACAGACCGAAUUGAUGGCAUUGCAGAGAGAUUGUUCGGCAAUAAUACGUGGUGAGAUUGAAAGCAGCUUUGCUGUGGAUUAUAUAAGAAUGACCAUGACCCCGUUUGAAGACGCAUUUCCAGUGAAGGUCACCCUGGCUUACGACAGCUUAAUGGAUGUCUUGCCCUCCUCGGUGAUCUUGAAGCCAGUAAUAUCUGACUGUGAGAAUGUUGCUGAGCCAAGCCACACACUGCUACAGCACUGGACGGAACUGUUUACCACGCUGUCACUGACGGAAGCAGUGUCAAAAAUAGUCUCCAUGGAGGUCCAGGCCGAGACUUCAGACUUCACCUCAGAACUGUAGCUACUUAUUUAGACUUUAGACUUCACAUCAGAAUUGUAGCCGCUUGUCCAGACUUCAGAGAACUGUAGCCGCUUGUCCAGACUUCACAUCAGAACAGUAACUACUUAUUUAGACUUUAGACUUCAGAUCAGAAGUGUAGCUACCAGACUUCACUUCAGACUUAACACCAGAACUGUAGCUACUUGUCCAGACUUCACAUCAGAACUAGCUACUUAUUAAAACGUCAUGUCAGAACUUUAGACUUCAUAUUAGAACUAGCUAUCAGAAGUGUAUCUACUUAUAGCUACUUGUCCAGACUUCACAUCAGAACUGUAGUUCCUUAUUCAGACUUCAUAUCAGAACAUUAGCUACAAGACUUCACUUCAGAACUGUAUCUACUUAUAGCUACUUGUCCAGACUUUAGAUCACAACUGUAGCUACUUGUCCAGACUUCACAUCAGAACUGUAGCCAAUUGUCCAGACUUCACAUCAGAACUGUAGCCAAUUGUCCAGACUUCACUUCAGAACUGUAGAUACUUGUCCAGACUUCACAUCAGAACUUUGGACUUCUGUGGGUUUAGUCUAACCAAUUUGGAGUGUUCCUUGCUUACAUCUAGCAUUGUAAAGAACCACAAACAGUUACAUGACAGCACCAGACAACAAGUGUCUCUGAAACCUGCAAUAUCUUGUUAAUUUGUUGCAAAACAAACAUGAUAAAUACAGUGUUCAACUAUAAUAUAAAAA